AUGUUUGAUUCACCUUUGGCACAAACUCAAAAUGCACAGAACUAUGUAGACAUAAUGGUGCAGAUCCGCAAGUACACCAGUGAGCUUGAGAAUGAUACACCUACUAUUGUAGCAUUUGGUGAUCAAAGCGCUGGUAAAAGUUCUUUGAUGCAAAGAUUAACUGGUGGCAUUCCUGUACCGAAAGGUGUUGGUAGGUGCACUGCAACUCCAUUUGAAAUUAGAAUGAUGCAGACACAAGAGCCAAUUCGUAGGAUAUCUUUACGAUAUGUGGAAAAUAGCAAACGUAUAGCAACGUCUCCAAACGAAAUCGAUUUUUGUGAUAUUCUAGAUAUGGAAAGUGAAAAGAUUGAAGAAAAAUUACGAGAGGCUCAGCGUUAUGUUCUAAAUCCAUCAAUAAAAGUACAAGAUAGCCCGAUAUCUGAUACAUUGGGUAAUAAAGACGAGUUGAUGUUCACGCGUAACGCCAUCUGCGUUACAAUCGGUGAUCCUAACCAAAACUUUUCAUUGGCCAUGGUCGACCUUCCUGGAAUUAUCCGAGACAACCAGGAGAAUGAGGACUUUGUCAUUUCUCUUGUUAAAGAAUAUAUCAAUAAAGAUACGACGAUCCUUUUACCAAUAUUUCAAGCAACUGCGGAUAUAGCGACACAAAGUGCUUGGAAAUUAGCAAAAGAAGCUGAUCCUAGCGGUAAACGGACGGUUGGUGUCCUAACAAAAAUCGAUCAAAUCUCUGACGAUGAAAUUAAACAUAAAGCGUUGGCUAAUUUUGUCGAGGGUAAAGGUGAACAUCAGUUAGUUAAUGGGGUGUAUGUGGUGAGGAACCCUGCCAGCUCUAAAGAAAAUUUUGAAGAUCACGAGUCUAUUGAAAAGAAUGCACUUAGCCAUUUAAUGUUAAAUAAAAGUUGGAGAAAUGUGCCUAGUAAUAGGUUGGGAUUGAAGCAUUUGAUUGAUAAAUUGAGUGACUUGCAAAAGUUAGCCUUGGAUUUAGCAUGGCCAAAAAUUAGGCCCUAUUUACAAAAACAAGCAGAACUAAGUUCAAUACCGCCAGCACCAAAAGGUAACCCUAUAAUCCGAUUUAUAGAAAUAAUCGGAAUUUUCGACAAGGAAUUCACUAAUCAUGCAGACGCCAAUGAUAUCGAUCACCGUUUAUAUCGUGGACAACAGUGGAAUUUCGGAGAAUUUGAUAGAGUUUUGUUGAAUACUCGCCCUAGAUACAACUUAUCAAUUGAUAAUCAAUUAAUGAAUCAGGAAUUUGAUCCAAUCAGACCUGGUGCACUACAAGUUCGUGGCUGGACUGAUAAACUGUUGAAUGAAAUUGGUGCUGAUGAAUGGUCUAAGGACGAGGGAUUGAUAGCCAACGAAAGCGAGUAUACCUGGGACAUGAAACAAUUAUGUGAAAAAAUGCAAGAGGCCCAAGGUGGUCAGCUAGUUGGAGCAACGUUACAAGACCUUUUAAGAUCAUGUAAGGAGGAAACUUUAAAGCAACUUCUCGAUUUGGAAAGGAUGGAACACAUGUCAGCUAGUCGCGCAUUGUAUGUAACGGAUGAAGCAACAUUAUUAAAAAAGCAGUACAAAUAUUAUAUGGAGAUGCGAGUCUUAUCUGCCAAUAAAGAGAUAAGAGCAAAACUUACCAAAAUCAUUGAUCUAGGAGGAAAGUAUUUUGAUGCUUUUAAUAAUCGGCCUUCCACACCUACAAGCAGUGAUGCUACAAAUUUUGAGAAUGUAAAAAAUGAAUUAAUCAAGGUCUUGAGUGAAACCCAAACAAAGGACGAAGUUAGUCAGCGGUUAAUUGAAGAUAUAAAAUCUUCGAAUGGAAAAACACCAUCAACAGCGACUGUUUCGAUGAUGAUCACGGCUAAAAAUAUGUUUUUAGAAAAACUCAUAAACAGAGUUCCAAAAAACUCGGACAGUAAACAAAAUUCAGAACUUUUAUCAUCCACGAUUAAUGAACAGGCUUUUCUUGCCGCUACUGGCGCACUAGCUUAUUGGAAAAUGGUGCAUUCACGCUUUCGUGAAACUGUACCUCGAGUGGUCGAAUAUUAUUUGGUGCACAAAUUUAGUUCGCGACUCGGAACACAUUUGAGAAGAUAUUUUGGAUUUUUAACGCUUGGACGUGAAGAAUCAUCAGAUACAUUAGAAGAAAAUGACGACAUAAUACAUAGAACAUCAAGUAGAAACGACAAUUUAAGUGAUUCAGUUCCUGAUUUAGAUCAUUUGUUAGGCGAGAAUCCAGAAUUCACUGAAAAACGCGAAAAACUUGAGGAAGAAAUCAAAACUUUGAGCAUGAUAAUUGAUAGAGUCAGAAGAAUUACUACUAACACUACUAAUUAA